UUCAGAAAGAUGAGAUGAGACAUGCUGAGGUUAAGGCACAUCUUAGUACUGAGUGUGGAAAAGCCUUUUCUGAGAUGAAUCUUCUAAAGUCACACCUGAGGAUCCACACAGGAGAAAAGUUUCAUCAGUGCUCUGACUGUGGAAAGGCCUUUGGUCAAAAACAUACUCUCAAGGAACACCAGAGGAUCCACACAGGAGAAAAGCCGUAUCAGUGCUCUGACUGUGGAAAGGCCUUUAGUCAAAGUUCUAAUCUAAUGAAACACCAGAAGGUCCACACAGGAGAAAAGCCGUAUCAGUGCUCUGACUGUGGUAAGGCCUUUAGUAAAAGUUCCUAUCUAAUGAAACACCAGAAGGUCCACACAGGAGAAAAGCCGUAUCAGUGCCCUGACUGUGGAAAGGCCUUUAGUCAAAAACAUACUCUCAAGGAACACCAGAGGAUCCACACAGGAGAAAAGCCGUAUCAGUGUUCUGACUGUGGAAAGGCCUUUGGUGAUGCGUCAACCCUCCUGAAACACCAGAGGAUCCACACAGGAGAAAAGCCUUAUCAGUGCACUGACUGUGGAAAGGCCUUUAGUCAAACUUCUUCUCUGAAGGUACACCAGAGGAUCCACACAGGAGAAAAGCCUUAUCAGUGUACUGACUGUGGAAAGGCCUUUAGUCAUUUUUUUUCUAUCCAGGUACACCAGAGGAUACACACAGGAGAAAAGCCGUAUCAGUGCACUAACUGUGAAAAGAGAUUCAAGACUAGGUCACAGGCCAACAUCCAUCAGCGCACACAUACAGGAGAAAAGCCGUAUCAGUGCUCUGACUGUGGAAAGGCCUUUAGUCGAAUAUUUAAUCUUAAGACACACCAGAGGAUCCACACAGGAGAAAAGCUGCAUCAGUGCUCUGACUGUGGAAAGGCAUUUGGUGACGAUUUUCAGAUCAACACCCAUAAUUGCACGCAUACAGGAGAAAAGCCACUUCAGUGCUCUGACUGUGGAAUGAGUUUCAGUCGAAACUCAACUCUUCAGACCCACCAGAGAAAACACACUAGAGGUAAAUAUCAACAAAACUGAUUUGACUGAAAUGGUAUUUGAAUAAUAUUGAGGUCAAGAUUUACCAAAACAUGUAUGUGCCCACAAAAUGGUGAA